GGUUUGUUUUGGUUCGGAUUCGCGUGGUUUGUUUGCGUACGGCUCACGUUUUUGAUUGGGGGUUUAUUUUGUAAACUAGUGUUAUUUUUCCGGAGAACGGUUCUGCUACAAUUUGGUUUUUUAUGUGAGAAGUAAUUGAUGGAAAUUGCGAAAUUGUGUGAAACGUGAAAAGAAAGGAAAAGUGUUCAGUGCCUGGUGAAGUGUAUUGACAAACCAUUAUUAUAUGGUGUAGCAUUUGGACAGUGUUGAUAUUUCUAGGCGUGAAUUUGAGUGAGAUUGUAAUUUGUGUUGGGAGGAUUCAUUGGCUGAAUUUCGCAUGGGAACGCGUGGCUAUUAGUUCGAAUGCUAUUCAUCAAGCUGCUCCAUAUUUCAAAAACAGAAAAAACCACAUCUCCCCACGGAAGGCAACAUCUUCUGUACUUCGUAUUGGGGAAGUAAACAUUGACAAGGGCAGAGCCACAAACGCUUCCUGGAAACGGCAAACCGUAAGCCCUGAAUGAACUACGUGUUUCACGUAGAAAGAAAAUAGACGCAUCCCAAAGGGGCAACAGAUUAUGGUUACUAACAACAACGAGGACAAUUUCAAUCGGCAGUCCCAGGAACAUCAAACAACUUUUCCACCACCACCAACAUCACCCUCCACGAUGGAAACCAAUAGCGAUAGCAUAGUCACAAGCGCCCACCAAAUCCCCGAAGUGUCAUCGCUUCCGUCUUCCUCCGUGUCAUCAGGUGAUAGUGGAACACUACUUUCAGCGGUGACAAAUGAUAGCAAUAAGCCGAGGCCCAAGCUGUCGGGUUUUGAAUUCUACGAGAGUAUAGGUUCACCAAAAUAUGUGGUGGCACCAAUGGUUGACGCCAGCGAACUUGCUUGGCGCCUACUGAGCCGACGACACGGUGCACAACUUUGCUACUCGCCAAUGUUCCACAGCAGCUGUUUCACCAGGGAUCCCAAGUAUCGCAAAGAUUCACUGCAAACCUGUCCGGAGGACCGGCCGCUCAUCAUACAGUUCUGUGGAAACGACCCGAAGGUGCUACUGGAAGCCGCGCUGCUAGCGCAGGACCACUGCGACGCUAUCGAUAUCAACCUCGGGUGUCCGCAGGCGAUUGCCAAACGGGGCCAUUAUGGUGCCUUCCUGCAGGACGAAUGGGAUCUACUUAGUGAAAUCGUGAGUACUCUCCAUAAACAUCUCAGUGUGCCUCUUACGUGCAAAGUACGUAUCUUCGAAGACAUGGACAAAACAAUCCGCUACGCGAAAAUGCUUGAAGCUGCCGGCUGCCAAAUGCUUACCGUCCACGGGAGAACGCGUGAACAGAAAGGACCACUGACAGGAAUAGCCGACUGGAGAUAUGUGAAAGUUUUGAAAGAAAUUUUAAAAAUACCAGUUUUGUCCAAUGGCAACAUAAUGUCCGUCGAGGACAUCCACCGCUGUAUUCGGGAGACAGGUGUCAAUGGUGUGAUGACUGCUGAAGGGAACCUAUACAAUCCGUUUCUAUUCGAAGGUGUCAACCCGACCGCAUGGAGUGUAGCCUAUGAAUAUUUAGACAUUGUGGAAAAAUAUUCAGCUCCGAUUUCGUUCAUUCGGGGGCAUUUGUUCAAAGUGUUCCACCAUUUAAUGAACCUAAAACCAAAUGCAUCGCACCGCGAGCAGAUGGCGGUCUGCCACAAGGUGGACGAAUUUCGCGCCAUCGUGAAGCUUCUGGAGGAAAAAUAUCUGCCGUUCCACGAGGGUCGUCAAAAAUGGAUCGCCGAGGAAUCAAACCUUCCAACAGGGGAAGCCUCGCUUGACGCAAGCUACAAUCUAGCUUUGCCACCAUGGCUAUGUCAGCCAUACAUCCGAGCCCCACCGGAAGUACACAAGCAAAAGCUAGAGGAAGCAAGCCGACUGGCAGCGGAUCCUAACCGAGAGAAGCGUCAGUUCUACGAUACGGACGGCAAUGAGAUAUCCCGUAAGAAGAUGAAGAAGAUGCGACGUGUACAGAGAAGACCAAAUCGCGCCGGACUUCUACCAGGGGAUCCGGACCGUGAACAAGCGAGGCGAUUUGACGAAAUUUGUAAAAACGAGAAAAUUGAGUGUACCAAUCCUAUGGGCUUGAAAUGCGAACAUCAAGUGUGUCGCAUUUGCUGCAAAAAUUUGUGCUUCCACGAGAAUCGAGAUUGUGUGGGGCACAAAAUCUUCAUCAGAUCCCGCCGGGAUAAGGCGAAAGCGUUGACCGAGGCGGAGAAACAAUUGGAAAGUAAUAAUGAAGUAGAUAGCCUAAAGGUACAGAAGCAGGAAAAAUUGACGAACGAAAGUUGAUGUUCGAUGAUGGUGUUAUUGUGUGAGCUUUCAUCCACACACUUCGAAUACUUUGUUCCAACCGACCCAAGUUAAUGAUUAGAAAAACGUUUUCUUUUUAAUUAGGAUUGUAUUUUUUUUGCCGAUAUCUUUGGACAGAAUUUUUGAGCCAUGUUAAAAUGAUGAUAAAGAUUACGAAAAAAAAUGUUUUUUUCUUGUUUUAAAUUUUUGAAGAAGUAUCUUUAAAAAAGGGAUUUAUUCUGCGCAAAGCAUUGAAUUCAAUUAAAUUUGUCACUUAGGUUAUUUUGUUUAGCGGAUGCAUACGGAGAAAUACUCACCGAUAAACUCUCCAAAUAACAAAAUGACAAUAUAAUGACAAUAUUCAUUAUAGACAUUUGAAGCUUUUCGAGUUGUUUUUAGCAUCUCGUUCGAUCUGCUUCUCUUGGAACAUUAAAUGGGCAAAACGUUCGAAAUAGGGAAUGUGAAAUUAUAACUCGAACUAAGUUAAACUGACCAGACGUCCCGCAUUACGCGGGACAGUCCCGCAUUUGGCAAAAGAAACGAAAAUGAAAUAUAUCUAUCUAUAUAUAUAUAUAUUAUAGACUCGGAAACUACUGAACCGAUCGACAUGAAAAUAGGUAUGUAGGGGUUUUUGGGGCCGGGGAAGGUUUUCGUGAUAUUUUGAGACCCCUCCCCCCUCUCUAAGGGGGGGCUGCCAUACAAAUGAAACACAAAUUUCUGCAUUACUCGAGAAUUAAUCAAGCAAAUGAAACCAAAUUUGGCAUGUCGAGGUUUUAGGAUGCAAUAAAUGUUUCUAUGGUGAUAAGAUACUCCUUCCCCCUCUCUUAGAGGGGGCUGCCAUACAAAUGAAACACAAUUUUUUGCAUUACUCGAGAAUUAAUCAAGUAAAUGGGCGGGACGAAGUU